UUUGCCUAUAAUUUACAGUUUUGCGUCCCCGGUCGUCUUUCGUGUCGUGACGGUCACAGAUUUUGUGAAGAUUCGUCCACCUCUACUUCGUGCAACUGCAAACAUAUUGGAGGUAUGAGCAAUACGUACCAAGAAUACUACACUAGAGCCACCAUAUUCGUGUUGCUCGGUUCGACUUGAAAGCGUCGCGUUGACUUCGUUCUAGGUUAGUGCGCCAUUUUGUGUCCACUGUGACUGACUUCUCUGCAAUUUUUCCGAAUAUGGUUACACCCACACACAGGCAAAACCUCACUCCUUGUACGAACCCUGCUCAAUCUCUUUCCCACAUUUUUAUUCCCCCGUUAGAACAAAUAACAUUCCCCGACCACUACAAGUACAUAACCUCUAGGAGCCAGCCCCGUCUUUGAUUUUACGUUUUUGUUUUGUUGUUAUCCUUAUCCCACUCCGCUUUUGCGGCUCCAUCCGCGGAAAGUAAACCAGAUAGGAAUUAUUCCUCCAUGUUGGCGUGAAGGCGGGCGACAGAACAAUCAGGGGCAGCAUGAUUUUUGUUUCCACCUGCGCCAAAGACAAGCAGGGACGACUCCUUGGCCCCUCCUUGUCUAGACCGCUCCGACUGCAUGUGCGGUUCCUCUGCGCUCCUGCUGCGGCGGUGCUCCUGCAUCAGUGUAUCCACCUCAACACGUCGCUGCUUCACCGCGCAACGGCAAUAUCCUUGUUCGCGAAAAAGAAGACGGUGAAGAGUCGGAGCGCGGCUGCAGCUAGGUCUGGCGUUUCGGCUGGCAGCAAAUUGCGCAAAAUCUUCAAGAAUAACAACUUGAAGUCCUCGUUUGUGAAUGCGAAUGAUGUGCAUGUUGUGCAGUUUGGUGACUACAAAGCGGCACGACCUGCGAUGACGACGACAUCAUCAUCGACGCAAAAUCAUGGUGAAGGAGCUGCUGCGACGAGGGACUACAAUCCUGCGGGCCAUGUAAUUGAAGGCGGCGGUAUCCACAGUAAAUUUCCUGUACAUGUACAAAUGCAGUCUCUGCAUGACAAAACUUGCCUUCAGUCCUAGUGUAGCAUGACAAGUUGGACACUGCAAGUUAGCGAAAUUUGUCAUGCAUUUUGUACAUGUACAGGAAAUUUACAUAGCAUAGGCGGUGCUGCUGGAGGUAAUCCCCUCCUGCACAGCUCCGCCGAGCUGUCGGAUGGGCCCGCGAAGUAUCAUCGUGCAAAAAAGUGCUACGUUCAAGAACGGAUUUUGUGAUGCACCAGUGACGCAGGAACAGAAAGUAAGAGGGAAAAGCAUGAUUUUCGCUCAGGAAAGCAUAUAACGCAUGGAGGUGGUACUUUCCAGAUCGAGAUUCAGACGACUUGGAUUUGCUUUGGGUGCAGCUGCGCCUGCACCUGACAUCUUCAAAAAUCUAUGUCAACAUUCGGUUGCUCUUUAGAAGCAUGAUAUGGAUGUGCAAAAAUUGACGCCGAUGAAAGCGAAAACUGGCGUUGAACGUGAGUUGCACUUUUUUGGCUCCAUACUGAUCUGGCCGAUUUGACGAUUCGAACCUAUUGGAGCGCCCAAGCGCCAUCAUAUAAUUCCGGGUGCGCAGUGUAUAUGGAACUGUCAGGAUCGAAAUCGACAAAGUUGAAAGAACUUGUAAUGCAUAAAAUCGAUACCAGUUGGAAGGUCAAUUUCCAAGCGACGCAUGACAAAUUUCAGCACCGUCUAAAUCCAGUCUGUCAUGCUGUUUGGGGACAGAAGGCGGCUGCUGUCGUGCUACUUUCGCAGCUCUAUCGCAGACCCCAAACAGGCUGACAGUCGACCUCGCUUGCCAUCCCUGCAAGAGAGGCACUUGAUGCCUUGCAGUUUAUGCAUGACAAAUUAUUUUAACUUUGUCGAUUUCGGUCCUGACGCUUCCAUAGUGUACAGUCUUGAGCGUUUGCCCACCGAUCCCGCGCUGCCAACUCCCAGUCCUUUCGACGAGCUGAUCGGUUCGCGACUAGUGGCAGAAAAUCAGCAUCUGUUGACAACCCCGGACCUGCCGCCUCCCAUGUUUUGUGCGCCAGAAGGGGCAUCCACCGCGCUCGCAGGGAAUCCAAGCGGAGCAGUAGAAAAGUUCCAAAAUACCUGCGUAUGGUGCUACAAGAGCGAUCCAAGCCUAGACAGCAGGAUAGGAGCUUGGUACAACAGUAUAACAGGGACACGGAACAUUGAACAUAGUGACUACGACUACCCACACUGGUGGAUCGGACCAGGCGUAGCAAACCUAGCGUUUCCAGGCUACACCGAAGUUUUGGAAACGGGGAUCUGCAUAAACUAUGAAGAGAUGGUAAAACGACAUAACGGGAAUCCUCAGGCGGCAUGGGCCGCAUUUUGCCCUUAUCAAGCAGAAGGCUGGGACAAUCCGUUGAAAUACUACGGACACCACUGCGAACCAGGCCAAGAUUGCAUGGGCGGGUACAGCGCGGCAUGGCUCAAAUCCACUUCGACGACAACAACCACCACCGCAGCAGCCACCGUCUCUUCUACUUCAUUCCCAACGCCCACAUCAACAGCCGGUCCGUCAACGCAGUCGCAACAACAAGGUGGUACUGGGACUAGCACGCCGGAACCAAGCAGCACCGAGCAACAACCGCAGUCGGGUAGUUCAUCUGGAGGUGACAAGAACAACACAACCUCGGGAGGUGCUGGCACGGGAGCAGAAGAGGAGGGAGGCAGCACGAUUACGGUCGUUCUCAUUGCCGUGGGGAUCAUCGCCACGGGGGGCAUCGUCAUGCUGUGUAAAGUGUUUGUCUGUACCGAUGAAAGAGGAAAGAAGAGGCACACUACCAAGUUGACCAACGACUCUGACGAGGAAAACGAUUAUUCGGAGGAUAUCCUGUGUAAAAACGUCCCCACCCCAGAGUCAAGAUGGGGAUCUCGCAACACAAAUCGAGAAGUUUUGGGAGUCAAGCACGACAAGUUCGCCUCUGUAUUGUAGUGCAGUUUAGCAAGUACAGCGGCAGCACAAACCCAUCUACUCAUCCUGUUUAUAGCAUUACGGAGUCCACCAUAGCGCGAUUGGAAAUGCCUCUCAUGGGGAUGCGCAUUACAACAAAUCUUCCUGUAGCUGCAAAUCUGCAUGACAACUAUGGAGUGGGGACGUUUUUCCUUGGGAUAGAGGACCACAAGAAAAAAGUUCGGGGCACGGGCUAUGGACUGCCCUCCAGCGUGCCCACACUGCAGAUGCCCAGCGAUCUGAUGCCCAAAGUUGCGGCACCGCGGAAGGAGCGGAAGCCGAGCCCGGGCGGCGGAGCCGGUACUUCUACGAAAGCGGCUGGGGGAAAGAAGGGCGACACGAAGAAAAGGAAGUCGCAAGGCGGCGCUUCGGACGACGAGGAGGACGAUUACAACAUGGAAGAGGCUAUCAAAACCCACGGGCAGCACCAUCACCACAAAGUAAUCGGCGGCGACAAAGACAGGACAAGCAAAGAGCGAAAAAGCACGAGCAACCGGAAAAGCAGCCGCAAAAGCGAAGAGUCGGACGGCAGUGCGAAAGGCGGUGGUCUCCAUUUGCACCCCAAAAAAGGCGGCACCGCGGAUGGACGGACGAGCGCACGCAAAAGUAAACUGGACGAACAAGAUGGUACAACACCUAGCGGGAGGAAGAGCACGCAGAUGGGAAAGCUGGUGCACCAUCAUGUGCACACUGCAAAGUCAAUCUUCGCGUUGAAAAAUACUAAAAAAACCAGUCGCGAAGGCAGCACUCGUGGAAACAGCACGGAGGAGGACGAUUAGGUCGUGUGCAAUAUCAAAAUAGGUCUUGUUGCUUAUCGAAGUAAUUCGAAUCUCUUCCCCCUAGCCCUACUCCGAGGACAAGUGUUGUAUGUGCAAGAUAAUAUCAGUGUAGUCAUGUCGUGUCGAUUUUCAUCUACUGUGCUAUCAGUACAUUUUCCACACCGGAACAAACGCUACAGAAAUUCACGAGAUUGUUUGCGCAUUCAAGUAAUUUAAAUUUUAAUUUUUUUCUGUUGAUUCAUUUUUCAUCUUCGAUUUCUGUGCGAAGUGGUCUUUAGCUUCACUCUUCCGUUCUUCACAGACAAGGCCACUUUCAGUUUAAAAUUUCAAGCGAUAAAGAUACCUAGAUUUAACCGUAACACGUUGCAAUUGCAAAGCACAAAAAGUAAUUUGAUCAUAGGGGAAUGAUGAUCCCGCAGCUCAUUCGAAACCUCUUUCGCG